GGGCCAUGUCGUCUGGGAAGAUGUCAGCCGGGGCCAGCGUUCCCGUGGUCCUUCCGGCCCUUAGCCUUCGCCGGCGGCUUCUGACCAACGGCUCCGAGUUAGGCACGCCGUCCCCCGGACACCACCGCCGCCGGCUCCACGACCCCACCUUCGAGGCCGCCUACGUCCUGCCUGGAGGACAGGGUCACUUUAAAGGUCAUUCUGCAGCGGGGACGUCCACAGAGCUGUUCCACCAGUCAGCCUGCCCUAACCUGCGGGUCACCAGUAGCCCCAUGAUCGUACAGAGCCUGGGUCCAAGCAGAACCCACGGCCCGGGCACCAUGGCACCGCCUCAUCCUCCAGCACACCCGCAGGGGGUCCUGGUACCCAGUACUGAUGCUAGAUCCCUGCACUCCAGAGAGUCCCUGGCCUCCACCACCCUCAGCCUGUGCGAGACCCAGUCCAUGAUGAGCGGCCGGCAGGACUGGCCCCAGGGCUACCGCGUCCUCCCUCCUCUGGGGCCCCUGAUGGGCUCGCCGCAGCCCGGCCCCGACGGCGACCACUUCAGCCUCAUCCUCUCCCCGGUCGGGACCUCCAUGUCGGGCGCCACCACCGUCUCCGGCGGCGCCGCCAGCAACGCCGCCUCCCUGCCCUCGUACCUCUUCACCUGCGACCCCGGGAGCCCCAAACUGGCGGCGGCGUCGGCGGCGGCGUCGGCGGCGGCGGCGGCGGCGGCGGCGGCGGCGUCGGUGGCGUCGGCGGCGGCGGCGUCCCGCUCUAAGAAGCGGGCGCUCUCCAUGUCCCCGCUGUCGGACGUCAUGGGCAUCGACUUCAACUCCAUCAUCCGCACCUCGCCCACGUCGCUGGUGGCGUACAUCAACGGCUCGCGGGGCUCCCCGUCGGCCCUGUCCGUCCUGUCCCCGGUCGGGGCCGGGGACGUCUACGGACACUUCCUGGGCGUCAGGGGGAGCUACAUCCCCCAGGCCGACGGCCACCACGGAGCCCUGGCCCUGGUCCAGGCGCCCGCGCGCGGCGGGUCGGAGUGUGGAGGUGGAGGUGGAGGAGGGGUUGGAGGAGCUCUGGAGUACCAGAUGGCCAACAUGGUGGUGGAGCAGCAGGUCCUGCCAGGGGACGCGGGGGCACCGGAGGAGGCCCCGCUGGGCUGCAGUAAUCCCGGGGACGGCCUGCUGCCGUCCGGCCCGCUAGACCCGUCGCUGUUGAACUGCGUCCAAGGAACCGCCUCGGCGCCCCAGGGCCCUCCCCCGCCGUACCACGCUUACCACCGCCGCCACCGCCACCCUCACCACCACCACCGCAACCACCCGCACCUCCACCCUCACCGACCUCCCGAUCAGGACAGCGAGGACCCCGCCUCAUACGGCGCGGUGCCGGCGCCGCCGCGCCACAGGCACACGUUCGGCUUCCUGCCCCAGGAGCCGAUGCUGGAGGAGGAGGACGGGGAGCUGGACGACUACGGGAGCCACUGCUGCCGGUGGGCGGACUGCAGCGCCGUGUAUGACCAGAAGGAGGAGCUGGUGAGGCACAUCGAGAAGCUGCACGUGGACCAGCGGCGAGGCGAGGACUACACGUGCCACUGGGUGGGAUGCCCGCGCAGGCUGAAGGCCUUCAACGCCCGCUACAAGCUCCUGAUCCACAUGAGGGUCCACUCGGGGGAGAAGCCCAACCAGUGCCCGUUUGAGGGCUGCAAGAAGGCGUUCUCGCGGCUAGAGAACUUGAAGAUCCACCUGCGUAGCCACACCGGGGAGAAGCCGUACCAGUGUCAGCAUCCCGGCUGCUACAAGGCGUUUAGCAACUCCAGCGACAGAGCCAAGCACCAACGCACACAUCUGGACACAAAGCCUUAUGCGUGCCAGGUCCCGGGCUGUAUGAAGCGCUACACUGACCCCAGCUCCCUGCGGAAACACGUCAAGUCCCACUCCACCAGAGAACGGCAGCUCCGCAAGAAGCUCAGGCCUUCUGCCAGUGUCCCCGAGGAAGACCUGACAAGCUGUUUGACCAUCCAGCCCCUGCAGGCCACCGUCUCUCCUCCGGGCCACUCGCCUGGAGCGUCCAAUGAGCUACCUUCAUACCCCGUUUCUCUUCAGGAGCAAGAUCCCUCGGGGAUGUCUUGCAUGUCUCUGUUCUGCACCUUGAAGGAAACGUACAGAUUUGUCGAUCCGUCCCCCCACCAGCAUGUCCCUGGAGGGCCCCAUCACCAUCCCCACCAUCCCCACCAGCACCUCAACCUCCAGCCCCGGGGGUCUUGUAGCGCCUCUUGCUGCCCUCCUACCCCCAGCCCACCACAGCAGAACAAGCAGCUCAGCCAUGCCGACCACAUUCCUCCAUCGAUGACUGAUCUAACAAACCCAGAGCUCUCCGGGCAGAUGGAGUUGCAUUACUCUCCCAUGGUCGGCGCUGGAAUGGCUGGGACACAGUCCACUGCGUGUCUCCUGAUGCCCAGCCAUGCCUACGGUGACGACCUGUCUUCCAUGCUGAACACCAUACACAGCCCGGCGGACAUCGCACGCAGACCUCAGGCCGCCAUCUCAGAAUUUGACGUCUACAUCCCAGGAUGUGAUUCCGGCCAUGCAUGAGGAACAGUAUAUCGAAUGCAGUGAAACGCUGCCCAAGUCAUCUGUCGUGCAUCUCUAUUAAAGCAGACUCCCUCCGGUGACGGGCACUAUCACACGUGCACUAUCGCUGCAGGUAACAGGUUCUUUCCGGCACAAGCGAAAAUAAUGAAGCAGUUUAACUUGCUGCUUCUUACAGCACACACAGGGGUUAUGUGUUAGUGUCUGAUAUUCUGCAUAUUUCUCUGUGCUUUGAUAAACAUGAUUUGUUUUUCGUUGUUUAAUAUAGCGCUGAAUGUCGAUGUUUACUUUGAUUCCUUUUUUUUACGAUUGUAUAACAUCGUCAUGUUGUAGUUUAUUAUGAGACUUUUGCACAUCAUUUCGAACAUGCGUUGGAACAAAAAAGCACAUAAGUGGUAAUUUAUUAAGUCAAAGUUGAAUUGUAACCAUAGUAACAAUAAACCCCUUUAACAUGCCACUUAAGUAUGCAUAGCUGUUGUAUUUCCAGACGUUGUUUGUUUCUGUGCCAAGAUCUAAACGAAAGAUUUCUGCUGGUUCUUCGAAUUAAUUGUGAAAAUUAAUAAAUAUUUUGCACUGCUUCACCAGAAAGUUGAGGUUCACUUUAAAUAUUGUGGUUAAAGUUAAAAUUAUAUAUUGUUCAGUUGGAAUAUUUUUGCACUCAAUGAUUAAACCUUCAUCAUGUUUAAUAUCAGUUUGUC